AUGCCUGUUCGGAGAGGUCACGUUGCGCCACAAAAUACAUUUCUUGGAAUAAUAAUAAGGAAAUUCGAGGGACAGAGUAAGUAUACCAUCCCUGGUAUCAUCAUUUUAAUCUAAAGUGUUAUUCUUGGCAUUGUGGCAGUCGUGUAGGCCUAUAUCAGUCUGUUUGGAAAUGAAGUUAUGUUUUAAAAACAGUUUGAUCUUGUCCAAUUGAGAAUGGGGUUUGUUCAUUGAAAUAAAUUGUUUAGCGACAAAUCAAGCAGUGUCAAUAAUGUACUUUGUUGAGCUUUACUAUAUCUUUACUAUCUAUUACUAUCUAUUUACUAUCUAUUUAGUAUCAUUGGAGGUGGAUGAGUUGAGCUUCCCCCUUACUAUGUAAAGCGCUUUGGGUGUCUAGAAAAGCAAUAUAUUAGUCCAAUCAAUUGUUAUUAUUAUGAUUAUUAUUAUUAUCUCCUAUGCUCUUGUAUGCUUCAAGUCAAUAGCUUUACUCAGGAAUCAAGUGUUGUUUCAGAAAUUCUCAACAAUUAUUAAAAAAUAUAUACCACCUUUGUAUUAAUAAAAUCAAAUAUUGGACUGUCUUCAGUUUACAAAUAAAGCAAAGUACAUGUUCAAAAACUCUCUGAUUCUAAUGUAUUACCUCUAGACUGCUGUACAUAAAGAUUGGUUUGAUAGCAUUGUGCAUUUUUUUUGCUUUCUUACAGAUAGGACAUUUGUUAUAGCCAAUGCCCGGGUACAGAACUGUGCGAUCAUCUACUGUAAUGACGGCUUCUGUGAGAUGACCGGCUAUUCCAGACCGGAUGUCAUGCAGAAGCCAUGCACCUGUGACUUCCUCCACGGCGAGCACACUGACACACAUGCCAUCAGCCAGGUGGCCCAGGCUCUGAUGGGUUCAGAAGAGCGCAAGGUGGAAAUCACAUAUCAACGCAAAGAUGGUAAGUCAGUGAACCGGGCCAGCAACAGAGAGGAGAGGUGGUGUUAUACACUAGGUGUGACAGGCUGUCUCUGA